GGGAGCGGAAAACACAGCGGCGGUCGCGCAUCUCACGUCGGGCUUGUUGUCAAUGAAAGUCGCCGUGUUGCUGUCAGUGUGAGCUGAACUGCGGUUCUCUGAAGAACAUGGACGGAGUGAGCAGCAACAAGAGCAUGUCUUACAGUCGAUGGAGUUACGACAGCACCUUGGAUGAUGAGGGCAGUAACCUGCGGCAGCAGAAGCUGGAUAGGCAGCGAGCUCUCUUGGAGCAGAAGCAGAAGAAGAAACGACAGGAGCCACUGAUGGUGCAGUCAAAUCUGGAGGGGCGCUCACGGACCCGGAGGACCAGGCAGUCUGAGGAGCAGGCUCCGCUUGUAGAGUCCUACCUAAGCAGCAACAGCAGCACCAUCUACCAUGUACAAGAAGCCGAGCAGGAGGAGGUCAAGGCUGUAGCUGAGGUUCAGGCUCCUCGCUCGGCUAAAAAAACCAAGCCUCCCACAUCUACCCCGCAGACGGGCAGCGCCAAGAAGGAGAAAAAGGGCAAGCACAAAGGGAUUGAUGGCCCAGCUGCCUUCCAGGAUGAGAGCCAGGACCUGGGCAGCCAGAUUCAGAUCCUAACGGUGGGCCACUCUCCUGCCCAGGAGGGCGAGGCUGAGGGCCAGGGGCAGGGCCAGGGUGAGGCGGUCAGCAGCUCGCAGGCCCAGGGCAAGCAGGACCUCCGGGUCACCAUGCUGAAGAAAGGAAUCUCCAGUAGCAUGAAUUUUGAUGAAGAAGAGGAUGAUGAAGAUGAAGUCAGCUCGAGUUCCUCUCAACUCAACAGCAACACCAGACCAGGCUCUGCCACCAGCAAGAAGUCCAGUAAGGAGGCUGCCUCCGCUUCUACUCCUGUGGCCAAUGAGCCGCCCAUUGACGUGGGUGAUCUGGAGGAGUUCACCCUGAGGCCAGCCCCGCAGGGUGUGACAAUCAAAUGCAGGAUCACGCGGGAUAAGAAGGGCAUGGACAGGGGCAUGUACCCCACCUACUACCUCCAUCUCGAAAGGGAAGACGGUAAAAAGGUGUUCCUUUUAGCCGGGAGAAAGAGAAAGAAGAGCAAAACAUCUAAUUACCUCAUCUCCAUCGAUCCUACUGACCUGUCUAGAGGUGGCGAGAGCUUCAUUGGGAAACUGAGAUCGAACCUCAUGGGGACCAAGUUUACAGUGUAUGACAACGGGACGAACCCAGUGAAGACCACCUCUAGCCUGGAGGCUAGCAACCUGCGUCAGGAGCUUGCGGCGAUCUGCUACGAGACCAAUGUUUUAGGCUUCAAAGGACCUCGUAAGAUGAGCGUCAUCAUUCCUGGAAUGAACAUGGAUCACGAAAGGGUCUGCAUUAGACCACGAAAUGAGCACGAGUCUCUGCUGGCCCGCUGGCAGAACAAGAGCACAGAGAGCGUGAUCGAGCUGCACAACAAGACGCCCGUGUGGAACGACGAUACCCAGUCAUACGUCCUUAACUUUCAUGGCAGGGUCACCCAAGCCUCCGUCAAGAAUUUCCAGAUCAUUCAUGACAAUGACCCGGAUUACAUAGUGAUGCAGUUUGGUCGAGUGGCUGAGGACGUCUUCACUAUGGACUUCAACUAUCCCAUGUGUGCUCUGCAGGCCUUUGCUAUUGCUCUGUCCAGCUUUGACAGCAAGCUGGCCUGUGAGUAGCAGCCAGCCUGUGCGCUCAGAAGCCCGGGUAGAAGACCCAGCGAAGACCACUGGACAACCAAAAUCACCCAAUAAGGGCUGUAGUGACUCCCUGUCUCAAAUCCCCUUCUGGGAGCUCAUGACCUGCCCAGACAGUGUGUUGUAUGUAUGUGCGAUGUUCUGUCUGCUCUCCAAAUAAAGGGAACACCAUCCACAGUGGGGGAAAAAAGCACAAAGACUAAACCACUGUUGCUUCUUUUUAACAGAUUACUGUGUCGAUGAGGUUGUACACCUGCAUUUGUAUUGGCAAUGACAUCUUUCCAUUGCCUUAAUCUGAAGUACGGCGACUUGCUCGUUAACACUAACACGUUCCACGUUAAAGGUUCGUUGGGAAUUUCUUUAAUCUUUUCACAACGGUAACCUUCCUUCCUAACAAAGUCUAACAACCUCACUUUUAACAAUAUUUUAAAGUCACUCCACACAGCAGCCUAACAGUAACUACCAGUACUUACUUUAAUUUCCAAUAUUUAUAUGUUGAUGUUUUCCUUAUUAUACUGAUUUUGUAAAGUGAUAUUGAAUGUCACACAGUGUCACAUUUGGCAUAGCAUCAUGUGUAUGUGAGCCAUACGUUUAUGACUAAUUUCAGACCUGUAAUGUAUCAGUUAUACAUGCUUCACGAGGGCUCCAUGAUUUUUAAUGUGAAUAAUUUUAUGUAUUUAUGUUUUUAUUUAUCUAUUUAUGGAUUACCAUACCACAUGCUGCUUUAAUUUUAUUCAGUGCCCAUUGGAUAUAGCUUGUAGCACCCCAAGCACAAAACUGACAAUUCCAUCUCACUUAGAGAAUGAAAUAAUGUUUUUUUUAAUUACACAUAAACAUAAUGCUCUGCAUCAUCUAGUAGAGUGCAUUAUCAUCUCAAGCAUACUGACCCACUACUGUAGGGUAGGGGAAUGUACUGAAUGGUGCACUUUAUCCAGAGUUUUAUGGUAGGAAGCUGUAAAUAUUGUGCCUUUGGGGGGAAAAAAAAAGACGGUUUGAGAGUCGGUUCCAUUGUGUUCUCCUGCUAGUGGAGACGGAUGGUCCUUGGCGCUUGUUAACAGCCGUGUACAUCUGUGCAAUGUACUGUUGCUUUUCAGAAUUUGAAGUUCUCCUAAAGCUCCAAGGUCUGUGUUUUUGAAAGAGUGAGAUGUUCCUUAACUUCCUCCACAAGUCAUGAAACGUGUUGCCUUUAAUUGCUGGCAUAACACCAGCUCUCUGCCCAAAUCUCACCAGGUACAAAUGGACAUACAGAAUUCAGAGAGGUUUUUUGGUAAAACUAAUGUUAAACAAAAAGGUCCCAGAGCAGCAGUCAUGAGGCCUUUAUGUAGAAACCCUAUUCAAAAAAAGUUGGACAGUUAUUAAUCCGCGAAUAAAAACAGAGCAGUGAUUCGUAAAACCCACUUUGACCAGAAUUUCAGCAAAAAAAGUACAAAAAAGAGGUUUAAUGCUGUAUCUUAUCAACUUCAUUGUUUUUAUAAACGUCAACGAUGUAAAUCUCAUUCUGAAAUUGAUGCAUUCCAAGAAAAGUUGAGACAGGACUAAUAUAAGACUAGGAAUGCUGUUAAAUGUUCAGAAAACAUUUUAAAAGAGGUGAUAUAAUCAUACUUGGGUAUAAAGGAAGUGUAGGAAAGGCCUUGACCUUUAUAAGCAAGCAUGGGUUGCAGGUCAGCACUAAAAUGCAUCAGGAAAUAGUCGAAUUGUUUAAGAACGGCGCUCCACAAUGAGCGUUUCACUCUCUAGGGUGCAUAACAUCAUCAAACGAUUCAGUGAAUCAUAUGAAUGCCUGUGACCUUCGAUUCUGCAUUCAAAACAAGACACGCUCCUGUGAUGGAUACUUUGAAAAACUGUGGUCAGUAAACACUUCGUUGCUGUUUCCACAAAUGCAAAUCUGCCUAGCAGAUGUCAUACGUCAACAGUGUCCAGAAAUAAAACUUUUCUGGGCUUAAGCUCAGGAGAAAUGGGCUGUGGUUGGAUGAAUCAACCUUUCAUAUUAGGUGACACUUUAUUUGGAUGGUCCACUGUAGAUGCUUUGUAGUUACUCAGUCUGUCUUUAACUAAAAUUCAACUAAAUAUCAAUGAAAUGCAGUUGAACUUGAAGUUGAGUCUGAAAGAUUAUAUGAAUCUAACCCUAAAUCUAAACCUACUCCUAAACCUAACCCUGACCAUGAUGUUGUUUAGACUCAACUGAGUACCACCAGAAAGUUUAUUAGUUUAAGUAUCUGUAGAUCAUCUAUAGCGGACCAUCCAAAUAAAGUAUGACCUCAUAUUAUUUAUGGAAAUAAUAGAUGUGUUCUCUGGGCCAAAGAAGAAAUGGACCAUCCAGAUCCAGUUAUCAGCACAAGCCAGUUCAGUAGCCAGCGUCUGUCAGGGUGUGGGGUAGGGGUGGUGGGUAACUUGUGCAUCUGUGAAAGCACCAUUAACGCUGAAAGAUAUGUAGAUAUUUUGGAGCAACAUAUUCUGCCUUUCAGACGCCGUCCUUUUCAGAGACGUCCAAGCUUAUUUCAACAUGACAACACCAAGAAACAUUCUGCACAUGUUACAACAGGAUGGCUGCGUGAUCAGGGAGUGCGGGUGCCAGGCUGACCUGCCUGUUUCCUGUUGAAAACAAACAUGUGGCACAUUAUAAAGUGCAAAAUACAACAAAGGUCCCGUAAAGUUGUGCAGCUUAUGUAAUAGAAGGCUUAUAUAACAGAAGAAUGGCCAACAAUUCAGGGGUAAACAAACUCCUGUCCCAACUUUAUUGGAAUGUGCAUAUAUGAGCAUAUGUUUGCAAAAAACAUUGCAGUUCUUAAGGUAAAACAUCAAAUUUUGUGUUUUUGUGCUGUUUUUUUAUUUCAUACAGGUCAAAUAGAACUUUUUUAAAUAAUUGCUUUGUUUUUAUUGACAUUUCACAUACUGUCCCAACUUUUUUGGAAUUGGGUUUGUACACGAGGAACCACCAAAGAGGAAUUCGGUUACCCUCAAUCGUCAGCAGUCCACAUUCCAUUACCCAACAAUUCCGAUUCCAGAAGGAGGAAGCAGGUUUUGGGCGAUGACUGAAAUAUGCUGACAUUCUCUGUGAGUCUCUUGCUGAGUACAGGUCAUGUGCUGUAUACGGCUUACAUUUCCAUCUUACAUGUCACCACACGGUUUACUGCAGGCACCUGGGUCAUUGUAAUAUGUAUAUAUAUAUAUAUUCUGUAUAUUUUUCAACAAUAAUUCAGUCAUAUUAUUUUUUUGCUUUACAUGUUCCACUCCAAAAUCUUUUCCCCAAAUAUAUUCGAAAUAUUUUGUAAGAUAAUUUUUUUAAAAACAGAAUAUGAAAAUACAGCCAGUUCAAAGGCAACUUGCAAAGAAAUCUGUGACAAUAUUUAUUGCAACUUCUUCUUAAAAAAAAAAGUGACUGUUUUCUAACUGGUGUGAUUGGAUCAUUCAUUCGCUCUCUUAGUGAUUAACAGAUUCGUUUUCUGUUUGCUCUGAACAGACUAAUGUGUGUUUUUACGUUUUUGCUGGUUUGUUUGAAGUCUUACCAUCGCUUAUGUAUUUUAGUGAUGUUUCACUGUAAAUGUAAAAUGUGUACACUGGUCAAUGUACAAUGUUUGUAUACAGUUCUCUCAUUAUGAAAAAAAUAAACGUAAACUUAAGGAAA